CUAAGCCAUUGCCGGCUGGGUUGCCUGCUUUCUGGCGCUGCCGGUGCGGUGAGCGCUGUUGCCGAAGAUUUCGGUCCCAACCGCUGUCGGUAGUGGUGCAGCCAUCCCCAGUCCCGCGCCGUCGGGGCUCCCCGGUGAGCUCGGCGCUCUCCCUCAUCCCCGCCUCCGCUGAAGAACGGAACCAUGGAAGACAGACCACUGGUAGUAUCUAAACAGAAGACGGAAGUGGUGUGCGGGGUGCCCACCCAGGUGGUCUGCACGGCCUUCAGCAGCCACAUCCUGGUCGUGGUGACCCAGUUCGGGAAGAUGGGUACGCUAGUCUCCUUGGAGCCCAGCAAUGUGGCCAAUGACAUCAGCAAGCCCGUGCUCACCACAAAAGUCCUCCUCGGGCAGGACGAGCCUCUCAUCCAUGUCUUUGCAAAGAACCUGGUAGCAUUUGUGUCGCAAGAAGCAGGAAACAGAGCCGUCCUCCUGGCCAUGGCUGUGAAAGACAAGAGCAUGGAGAGGCUCAAAGCCUUGAAGGAAGUGAUCCGGCUGUGCCAGGUGUGGUGACCUGCAGUUAGCAGUGCCAGACACUCAGACGUGUGGACGCUCUGGACGUGUGGGUGCGCCGGGACAGAGCUCAUUCCCGGCCUUUAGUCCUCAAAGCCGGAAGCAGCACUCAAGUCUCAGGGGACUCUCCCUGCGUGGCUACUGUGUCCUGCCUUGGGCACUGGAGCGGUUCUGGGCUGCAGCAGCUGCACCCACUGAGUGGAAAUGAGCGGCCGGUUAUGAGGAUGAGUAACCCUGGGGAUGCGGGAGCACUUGUGGGAAGAUUUUUUUAUUAAAAAGAAGUCAAAA